UAGAUUCGCGAAAAUUAGUUUUAGUAGUUGUGUGAUCUGGUGUGGUGGUCGCGUUCUAGUUAUGGAAGCAGAGAGGCUUCUUGUGUAAUCAGAACGGGAACGGGAACUGCUGUUGGUGUCGUUACGUUUAUUAGAACAAAUUAAUUCCGAUGGCUUUGGCUCUGGUUCAAGUGUGAAAGUGUUGCAUCGACAUUAGCGGUGAUAGCGAACUUACUAGACCUAUUUGUUUUCCUCUAGUUAUCUGACGGUUUGAGACAAUGACAGCCGCGACGGCAGCUCAUAUGCCGGAAACUAUUAAGCUACAACUGCGCAAACCAAAGAGCUGGCAUUGGGAGUUGUCAACUUCGAAAUCGUCUCCGAACAUCAUACUUCCCGUCAUCCAAUUAUACGAUUACAAAGGUCAACUACUGGUCGAAGCACAGGAUCAAGGCAAUACUGUCAGAAAUGUUUGGGGCUCGAAUCUGGGCCUCAACGAGGAUGGCAGAAAUGGGAGUUCGAAGAGGAGCAGACGUCUGCUGAGAUCUAGAAGCGACACGUCGAAUUUUCUAGUCUCGCCGAACACAAAAACUUCCACAGUUUCUAUAAAUCCGCAAGAGAGGAAACGUCCAACACAAAGAGGCGAUAACUCGGAGAAAGUCGGGACUUCCAAAGAAGGUGGAAAGGAUCAAAGAAGCUAUGCCGUGAUCCGAGAGAAUGGACGUGGAUUUUGGGAGCAUAGACGGGACAAGGGGGUGCUUGUCGACGAAGGGGUUAGGACGAAUCCACUGGAGAAGUCGAUGAGUGAAUUGUUGGGCGAGAAAAGAGGUCAUUUAUCGCUGUCAAAAGGCGUAGAAAGGAGUAAGACGGCUGCGGAAAUAAGGGAGCGAAGGAGACAUCGCAGAUCCAAAAGCGACGAUCUUUUUAGAAGGAAAUUGAGAUACAACAGCAGCGAGGAGAGCAUAAAGCGUGCCGAAAUGGACGGCUACAGGAAUUUUAUCACCGCCAACAUUCCAGACGACGAAAGUCAAAUCCGGACGGGAGAGCGGGAUGGUGAUACGGCGACGGGCAGGAGCAAAAAACCGAGCAGGAAUAGGAAUAGGGUUAUGCAAACGGCGGAAACCGUUUCUCUAGAUACUGGGGCGAGGAAUAUGGAACUCGAAGAAUUCCUCCACAAUAAACGUUACACGACAAGAACGAGCAGCGCUGGGACUCUUAUCAUUCCGGAAGAGAGUUUCAAAGAAAUCGGAGACGAUGUCCAGAAACGACGCCGCAGAAGACGCCGCGACGCCAAUACUAUUUCGUCGUUGUUAGAAGCGGUCGCCGAGAACAAAGAUAAAAGACGUCUUGAAACUGUCCCAUUAUCAACAACGUUGUCUUAUCCAACGUUGCUCAACAAAAACGAUGGCGAGAUUUCGGUUGAUCCUGGACCACGUAUUUUCCAAACUACAGGGAAUAAAAGACAUACCAGACAAACCAGCGAUCCCACGACAUUGCAAACUAAAUGCGCUACUUUCAAUCGAUCACCAGCGUUCAAAGGAGCACAAUCGACUGAGAAAAAGAGUUUAAUAACAUCAAACACCACGCCAACUGGAUUAUUCUACCUUCGCAGCGAGAUCUUUCCAUUUCAUGGUCUACUCGAUCACGAAAUUGACAAAAACAACAACUUUGUCUUGUCAAAAAAUAACAACAAUAAUAGUGCAAUCAAAAACAAUCCUAUCGCCGUCGUCGCUUCGUCGCCCAAUCGUGAAAUCGCGCGACAGAACUGCCAAAACGUCGCGUCACCGCCGUCAGUGAAACAAAAUAAUAAAAAGUGCCGCGAAAGGACAAAAGUGCCGAAAAGGAGAAGCAGGACUAUCGAGAGGGCGAGUUCUUCGAGCAGCGAGGAAGAGCGAGGCGUCAGAAAAGGGCAUUUAAUCAGAGAACACUCAGCACAACGAGAGAAGACAAGCGGCGGUCCUAGUACUGCAGUAGCUGAAACUAGCGCUGACGCCAACGAUCUAUUAAAACUAGUUCGACGCCUCUCGUACUCCUACAUCGGCCAAAGAAAGGCGCCCAAUGAUGGCGAAAAUGCCUACCAGGAGGUGGAUGAUGACGUGAAGAUGGGAGCUAACGUCAGCCGCCACUCGGCCAAAGGGUUGGGGCGGCGCUCGCAGUCCAGUGGCAGCAUAUGUAACGGCGGUGGCGGCGCGGGUAGCGGUGGCAAGGGUAGACAUCCCGAGGGGAAGAUAUGCAGCAGUCUGCCUAGUUAUCUGGACGAUAGAGAUAAGAAUGGGGCCUGUAACAACAACCAUGACGGGAAACAUCAUCUGGACGAGGUUGAUAGGAUCCCUCCCAUUGGCGAUAGCGCUCCUCUUCACUGGAAGUUCUCCGACACGCAAACAAUUUGCGACCAAGGUUAUGGUUCCGAGAGAUCACCGGAGGAAGAAUAUCCUCCGAAUCUCACCAGUUUAGAACAAGACUCUCUACAAUGUCACCAUCAUCUUGAACCCCAUGCUUGCUACCCCUUCAUCACUCCAGAGAGCACCUUCUUGGUGAAGCUGUCGAAAGGAUCACGUGGCCUCGGUCUAAGCGUGACUGGCGGUGUAGACAGCACGGGUUCCUGGCCCGGCUUAAUAAGAAUCAAAAGACUGUUCCCUCAUCAGCCUGCUUCGUCAUGCGGCCUACUCACCGUCGGAGAUCUCCUACUCGAAGCUAAUGGUAUUACACUUACUGGACUUACGAAUUACGAAGCCUUGGAAGUCCUCAGAACUGCUCCAAAUCACGUAGAUUUAAAAAUUUGUAGACCUCCUCCAGAUGUACUGAACUGUGUAAGUCCUAUAUCAGAAGUUCCUCCUCCUCCGCCUAGACGAGAACCUCCUAAUAAUCUUAAUCUGCCUUCCAACGCUUAUUCUACACCUGAAGAUGACUAUUACCAUGGGGAAUUUGAAAUUACGCUUAAAAAAAUUCAAGGAUCUUUGGGAUUUACUCUACGAAAAGAGGACGACAGCGCUUUGGGCCAUUACGUUAGGGCAUUAGUCAGGGAGCCUGCUCUUACCGAUGGAAGAAUUAGAGCCGGAGAUAAGAUCAUAGCGGUAAACGACGUCGAAAUAUGCCCGAUGUCUCACGAGCAGGCGGUCCAAUUUCUUCGUCAGUGCCCCGAGAUAGUCAAGUUACGCCUUUAUAGAGAUUCUGCUCAAACUCCAGUUGCCACUCUUUCUCCUACAGAAACUACUCCUAGAACUUCCUUUUCUCGAAAAGCACAUUUAAGACAAGAGGCUGUGGACAUGCUCAACGAUCUAGCGGGACGCAAAUUGUGCAUGAAUCCGGAGAUCUACAAUCGUUCUAUGUCUCCUACAUCGUCACCGAGGCGCCUGAGAAGACAGCCGUUCCCUUCUGAUGCUUCGCAAAGAGAUUAUCUCCCAGAAGGUGACUACAUACCUCAACAAGGUGACUACAUUGUUUCUCAAGGCGGUCCAAUGGGCGAAUACGAAAUCUACCACGAGCAGUUCCACGAAGGCAUCAUACAAAAGUUUCCCAGACCGUUCGAUGAAGACGCUUUUAACUCGUUGUUUUCCAUGGAGUCUGAAGACGGAGAUAGACCCAACAGACCAAGCUCAUUGGAACUAUAUAACCCCAAUCAAACUCCUGUGGCAUGUCGCAAACCCCGUUUUAACUUUUCUUUGGCCCACAACGCGUAUGAAUUGAACAACUUGGAUGCCGAAGUUUUAGACGCGCCUAAUUUGAAAUAUAAUUUAUGCAACGAAGAUGUAAAAACAUCAGAUUCCGAAGUUCACGAACCGGUCAGCAUGCCACAUAUCCCGAUUGCCACCACUUCAAACUUCAGUUAUAAGCAUCCUGCUUAUCAAUCAGCACACCCCCAGAUCAACUCUGAACCAAUGGCUGAGCCGCCCCAAUCAGUCAGACCCACCACGAAAACUGAUGACGGAACGUUGAGGAGACGGAAGAAUGCCGCACCAGAAGAAAAAGAAGUCAAACUCGUCCAACCAGUGCGUAUGAAGGAAGAAUAUGAGAUCCUUGCCAUAGAACUGAACAGAGGUUGGAAUAGCAGAUUAGGCUUUAGCUUACAAGGGGCCGCUGGUGUCACCUACGUUAGUGCCGUUCAUGCAGAUAGUGUAGCUGCUAGAGAUGGGCGCCUGAAACCAGGCGAUCGUCUUAUUAGGGUGAAUGAUGAAAGUAUCGAACACAUGACAACUAGUGAAAUAAUAGAUUUACUUCGAAUAGUUAGAGGUCCCGUAUGUAUAGUCGUAUCGAGAGUCAAAUCUAAUGAAGACUGUCCAAGAAGCAAUGCGGAGAAUUGAGCUAACCCUAGUAGUACAAUUAUCCUUUACUAGUUUUAUGGAGCGAUUAUCAAAUAUGUGUACACACACCGUACUUUUACCAAUAUAUAGUUUCUUUAUCACUUUUUUUCGUCAAAUUUUUGUUUAGACACCUGAAGAUAAUACGCUCAAACGCCAUAUUGGUGUUAAUUUGUGUCACUGUGUUGUGUUAAAACGUUUUCCAGUUUUGUGUCUCCUUUUUAAAUCAAUUCAAAACAGAACUAACUUCAUGAUGAUUAAUGUAUCUUAUGAUUAGAAUUAUAAUUCGAAAUAUGCUUUAUUAUUGUCACUGAAAAUUGUACAAUGUUAUGGGCAAAACUUUUUUUUUCUUUGGAGUUGUAUGACUACGGGCCCUUCAGGCUCAUUCGCCGAUUCACCAAUUUUGCUCAUUUAUUUUACAAUAUAUUUUUCUAUACCUAUCUUCUUAACAUUUUCUAUCCUACUUAUUCUACAUACUUUAUAUAUGGACAAAACUUAACAAUUAUAAUUUAUUGAAAUAACAUAAAUCGUGAAUUUUACAAAAUAAAAGAUAAUGAAAUAAAACAAAACAAUUUAUUGCAAAAUUAAAUAAAUUCCAAAUUGCAUUAACACCUUAAGAACAAAUAAGUGUUAACUUGCAGCUUCGUUUUUUAUCUAUAUUUGGGUAUCAUAAUAUUAUGAUACCUAAAAAUAGAUAAAAAAAUAGUUUAGUUACUUGCAUAUAAAAGUACUGUAAUUUCUUAGUUAUUCAUUAAGAAACCCUAUUACUGAAUAAUAUGGUCCUUCAGUUAGAUAUGCUUUUGUCGUUUUACGGAACUUGGGGAAAGAUACUGCAAAUUUAAGUUGUAUAGGGAUAUGGUUGUAUAGUUUUUUUGCAGAAGAUAAUAUAGAUGUCUUUACCAUCUCAAUGUACUGAAUCGGUAAAUAAACAUCAAAGGUUGAAUUUCUGGCGGAGUUGUCAAAAUUAGGUCAUGCUGGAACAGCAUGUAGGUGUUUACAAUUAAGCAAACAUUUUCUAAAAUAUAUAAAAAGGGAAGUGUUCUAAUUUCGUGAUCUUUGAAGUAGCUUCUGCAAUGUGCUGUUCUUCUGAGGGCAAACAGAUACCAUAUUGCCCUUUUUUGUAAUUUAAAAAUAACAUCGGAUUGGGCAGCUGUACUAGAACCAACAAGGAAGACCAUAUCGAAGGUGACACUCGAACAAAGUAAAAUAAGUUUUUCUGAAAGAUACUAAAUUGAUUUAAUUCGAAAUCGAUCUUAUUGGAUAGGAAGCUGAGGCUAGUUUUCUAUUUAUCAAAUCGAUAUGAAGGGCAUCAUUUAAGGUUGCUCUGUAAAAAAUAUCAAGAAAUUUUACGGAAUCAACGGUACUGAUCUGGCUGUUAUUAAGGAGCAAAGGUUGAAAAGCUCCUUUAUAGGAUAAUGCUACUGUCUUACUCACGUUAAAAGAGAGUAAAUUAGAGUGGGCCCAGGAUUUUAUUUUAAGUAGAUCAGAAGUUAUAGUUACAUGAAGAGUUACAAUAUUAGAGUUGCUCCAAGUGAUACUGGUAUCAUCAGCAAAAAAAGUUUUUCCAUCGAUUUUUAAAUUUGUGAUGUCAUUUAUAACGAUAAGGAAAAGUAAGGGACCCAAUACUGAACCUUGUGGUACCCCACAUAAAAUGUUUUUGUGACUAGAGUCAGUAUCAUUUGCUCUAACCAGUUGUUUCCUAUUCGCCAAGUAAGAUUGGAACUUAUUUAAAUAAAUAACUCGAAUAACGUAGAAAUUUAGUUUUUUUAUCAAAAUGUGAUUUACACAAUCAAAAGCUUUGGUAUAGUCACAAAAACAAUGACAGUGUAAAGAUUAUUGUUUAGCUUGGUAAAACUCAUGUAUUAAACAUCGCAGAAGAACAUAUGGCAUCAGUGGUAUUUUAUUAGUUAAAAAGCCGAACUGAUUUCAUGAUAAAAUGUUUUCGACGAGAAAUGACAUAUUUAUGUAAGUCCCAUGAUAAUUCAUGGAAAAACAUUAAAAUAAUCAAUAUAGAAGUAAUUGUUAAAUCUAAUGUAUGAAAGUAAAAAAAUGUAUACCAGAAAAAUGCAAUAUCAAAAAUUUGUACUUUUGCGGGUAUUAGAUCGAUUUAUAGAAAAAAUAUGUAAGAAAAUGAAGUUUAUGGACAAAUAUGAGUAAACAAAAAUAUUUUUUGGAUAGCGACGAGAGAAAGAUAACGACUGGAUACGUUGGUUGAAAGAAGGAAGGUGGCGACAGCUAUGAAAAUCCUUACAUAGAUAGCUAGAAAAAUAUUUUUUUCUUCCUUAAAUAAAGAAAAAAAUCACGAAAAUGUAGAAUGCAAAUUAAAAAGAAAACAAAAUGCUUAAGAGGCUCCUUUAACGUAUAUAGAAUUCAACCAAACUCGCUUCUCUACCAGAUUUUCUCCAUUUAACUUUUCUUAAGAGUCACAUCUUUUAUUUAGUGUGUAAAAAAAACUUUUAGAAUAGCAAAUCCAGAAAGAAAUGGAUUUGAGAGGGGAACAAAAGGGAUACGAACUUUGUAGAAAAGUAGACACAAAUAAAGAAGCAAUAUCUCAUUCAGAUAAAACUUUAGUAGAAUUUGCCCAUAAUUUCUUAAAUGUACAGCCCAUUUCUAAUUUAAGAAAAAAUAUAAUUAUAACAAUCUAAAAAUUGGAGAACGUUUUACAAUUUUUUAAGUUUAAGUUUUAAAUACUUGUGAUAGUUUGUGUUGAAGAGAACAUACAAAAAAUAUGCAAUUCUCUAAAAUAAAAUUUUAUUAAAAAAUAAGUUUGUUUUCCCUAACGUUUUCUUGAUUUCGAAUAAAAAUAUAAAUAGUUUUUGUGGUUUUCUUUUUACAUUAGGUUAUUGUUGUAAGCGUAGUGAGCAGUCUACAUUUUUAAGAAAGUUGAUGAACAAGAAGAAGAAAAAUAAAGACAAUAACAAAUGUUGGAAUCGAAAAAUCCUGCAAAGACAUUUUUGACAUAUUUUUUGUAUGUUCUACAUAAUUUUGUAAAUAUUUUACAAGUUUCCUGUAUACAAUGUGAUUAAUUGAAAUGAUCUAUUUUGUUGAUACUGAACUCGAUCUUUAAAUGAUUUGUUAUUGGUUAUUAGAGUUAAUGAAACUAGUCUUAUUGUAGAGUGAAUUCCAGUCUUGAGAUGUAAAAUAAUCAAAAGAACAAAAUCAAAAAAAAAAAUUAAAGAUGUUGAAAUAAUGCUAGUUUCUAUAUUCACUACUUCAUGACCACCUGUUGGUGAAAUUUGUAACAUAUCUUGUUGAUUGUUUUUAAAAAUUAUUUAAACCCUUCAAAAGGCAGCACUAGAUGUAAUGAUACGAGGAGUGAUUGUACAUAGAAUUUCCAACAAUUAAAUAUCAAUAAUAAAAAGUAUUACAAAACUAAAACAGGCAGUCAAAAAGAAAAAUUAAGUUCCAAAAAAUACGUUAGUAAAUGAUAAACUGUUAACUGGUAUAUUUUACUGAAUACAGAAAAACUUCUCAAUAACAAUCAAUGUUUUCAAAUCAAUAAAUUUAUAUGCAACUCCUGGUACAAAAGAGCUACAAUCUGAGAAAAUAUAUAUUGAUUUUUUUUAUCAAUAACCAAAAGGCUUUCGAUAAUGUACGCCAUAGUGAUAUAGCCAAGUAGAUAUUUGAACUCGUCGUGUAACUUUUUGUCGAUUGGUAUAUUACGAUUUUACACUAAUUUUGAGUAAUUAUUGCCAAACUUCCGGUUAUAUAUUUUUAACCGAAAAUUACAUCAAAACCGAAUAUAAAUAUUCGAGCUCGACUUUUCAAAACCGAAAAUAUAUAACGAGACUUGCUAAGGCGCGUCGAAUAAUAUAUCUCUUGUACUAUUUCGAUGACUUUAAAACAGUACUGUCGGUUGCAACUCUGGGACUGGAAAUCGGAGGUCAAAUGUCUCACCUUUAAGACUAUCUUGUGGUUAUAAGCUCUCAUUCGAUACCUCAUUUGUCAUUUUAUCUGUUCUAAUAACCUAGUGGUUGUUUUCAUGGACAGACAGACAGGCAUGGAUAAUGAAAGGUUUUCACCAUUUAAUGUUGUAAAAUGGGUGAAAACACUAAAUCAUUUUCUACGGAACAUGUACAAAUACCAAGAGGUGUUAGAUAGGGCUGUAUAUUGUUACCAAUGCUUUUUUAACAUAUACGUUGAACAAACAUUUUAAAUUGCUCUAGAAAACAUACAGCGUGUAAUUAAAGUGAUUGGGGUUGCAAUUUACAAUAUUCGUUACACGGACGACACAAUAAUUCUAGGAGAUAAAAUAGAAGAUCUGCAAUCGCUAGUUACAAGUAUUAUUCAUUUAAUAAAGGAAUACAUCUUGAAGAUUAACAUCCAAAAGACUAAUCAUCGACAGGCAGCAACACGAGGAAGUACACCUUGUCGUAGACGAUUAACAAAUUGAAAGAGAUGAGAAAUGUAAGUAUCUUGGACCCACUCUAUCAAGCAAGUACGAAGAAAAUUAAAAUAAGAGGGAGUGUGGCUAACAGCUUCUGUUAGAUUCAGGAAAAUCUCAUUCGGUCAGAGGUGCCUUUAAAUCUUAGGGUACGAACAGAACAAGUGGGUCGAGGUGAAGGUGGGGGUGGAGGUCGCGGUCGAUGUCGAUAUCCAUGUAAAACAAACACAUUGUAGUGAAUGGAAGAGAACAGAGCAGGUAAGUCGCGGUGGAGGUUUAGCGCGAUGCCAUCCAGGAGGUUUACAUCGAUGCUUUUGAAAAUAAAAUGAGUUUGUUUUACGUGGAUGUCUACUGCGCGGCCUACAAGGAUGUUUCCCUGUGAUUGGUCCGUUCGAAGCCAAGUUGUCAUUACCUGCGCUAUCUGAGUUGAUACUUUUUAUAUAAUCCCUUUUUUGUAUUCAGUUUAUUUUUGAAUUUCUAAAGUAAUUAAAUACAGUAAAUUUUUGAAAUAUGAAGGAGGAUCUGAUUAUUUACAGCUGACAUUUCAUCACUAUCAUCACUUGACUGACACAACAUCGCAAAAGUACAGUCUUUUUGUCAUUAAAAUUUCAUUAAACUACUUCACUUGAUAGUGGUUCUAGCUCGACUGACAGCGCAGGUGACCUCCUUGCAAUGUGCUGUCGACAUCGACUGCGACUUAACUAGUAGCAUCCACCGCGACCUACACCUCCACCUCGACCCACUUGUUCUAUUCUUACACUUAGACUUCGCGUGGUUCAAUGUUUUGUGUGGCCAAUAUUAUUGUAUGGUGCAGACACGGUGUCAGUAAAAGUAAAAUCAAUUAAUAGAAUAAUUGAAUCAUACAAAAUGUAAAUUUUGAGAAAACUACUUUAAAUAUCUUGGAUAGACCGAGUUACCAAUGAGGAGGAGGAGGAAUAGGCUGAGGUUAAAUAUGGUGAAACCACGUAAAGUUUUUAAUUUGGGGCACGUCUUGUGUCACUUGCGUGGAUCUUAUAGUCGCAUGAGCAAUGUUGAGGGUAGAGGAGGCCGGCGAAAAAAAUUGCAUUCUUGACAAAAACAUACGAAACUUUUGUUACCUUGAAGAUGCUUAUAAUAAAUAAUGAUUACGACAGGAAUUGCAACCCUUACAUGCACAUGGUGCUCAUUGCAUGGCAUAACAAUAAGAAGAACGGUCAAUAAAAAUGUCUUUAAUUUUUGGUCGCAUGGUCACAUAUGCUGCAACUAUCUCUAUACCAUAGCAAUUGAUGAGUUUAUGAUAUCUUUUGGAUUUUCAAAAUUAUCAGCAUACGGGAGUUUUGACAUUCAUAUUGCAAAAAAAGUUUGUUAAUAAAAUAAAAAUUUAAACCGAGGUUUCAUAACUUUUUGAGUUUACUGACCUGAGUAGAUUUUUUAGAAAGUGUGCAGUUGCAAAGUUGACACAUCUUGUUUUCAUUAGAUACAUCUUGACUUUGGAUGACUGUAAUAUUUUUUAUAGGUAUACUAACUGUAAGACAUUGUUAUAAUUUUCUACAUGUCUUGAUUGUCCUCUCCAUGUCAUCUGUCUAAAAUACCAACCUUGCUAUAUUUAUGUGUUACCUAAUACUAUAUAAUAUAGAUAUUAAUGUUAUGUCUUCUUCUUCAUUGGAUAUUGGCAACAAUUUCAGCGAAUUGUGUGGUUUUGUGCCGCUAUCAUAAAAAUAUUUGAAUAGAGUCCUGUCCAAUCAUGGAUAUUCUUCAGUAAGGAACACAGUCUACGACCAGAUCCUCUGUGCCUUCUAUGUUUCCUUUUAUGGUGAAUUUUGCGAGAUCAUAAGUUCUGUUGUCCGCAUACCUUCUAGGUAUGCGGUCUUUCUGAUCUUGAUUAAUGUUCACAGUUCUUGAUUGUUUCCUAUUCUUCUCAAAACACUUCGUCGUCUGACGUGGUUCACCCACGAUAUUCUAGACUUCGGUAUAUCUACAUUGUGAAGAACUCGAGACCUACUCCAUAGAACAAGAGAACAUAGAGAGUAAAAUGUUACACGUAAGAAUACCUACACGUAGAAUUUUUUUUCUUAAAUGGCACAGCAGUCAUUCAGCCAGUUGCAAUCGUUUCUAGAGUCAGACAAAGCUACUCAGGGGAGUAGUGUGUAUUGUGUGUUUGUUAAGUAAAUGUGUUGUUACUUAGUAAAGUUGACUUCAUUGCCUUUACAAAUAGACGCUUAUUGAAUACGACUCACAUGAGUACCGAUCACACAAGAAUAGAAAUUAUUUUCAUUUAUUAAAUUUAAUAAAGAAAAAUUUCCACCCAGACGGGAUUCUAACUACCUUUGGGUCCAAAAGGAGAAGUUUUACUAUAAUAAGAUCGUAGAAUGCAGGAUACUGUUUCAGCUAAAAUAACAGCAGAAAAGAGACUAAAAAGUAAAUGCUAAAAAUCUGGUCCACAUAAUACUUACAAAGGUAUUUUGUUAUCAAGUACUGACAAGCAUAUUCGAAGAAGAUGAAUAAGUAAAUGAUAAUCAAUACUGUUUUAUUUUGGAAAUUCUAAGUACAUAUAUUUCUUUCCACUUAUAUGGGUACACGACAGCUUUGCAGCAUUUAAAAGCUAUUAUAUAUUGUUAAAAAUUCUCACUGGAACUCGUUCUAAAUUAAAUACAUGGUGAUUCAGUUAAACAGUACGAUUUGGCAACGCUGCUGAUGAUAAAAUGGAGGUGCCGCAAGCUUGCGACGUAAACGUUGUGAAUCUAGAGAGUGGGAAGUUUAGUUAUCGCGGAGACGUGGUCGGUGGUCGGGUGAACUGAUAAAUAACACGCAUUUGCUGUGAAAGCUAAUCACAAAAAUGGUGAAAAUUUUGUGUGUGUACAACGAGCGUUUCGUUUAGACUACCAAUUGCCGCCCCGCGCUGCAGUUCCUUUUAACAUGGCUAUUUAGACUUGGGUUAGGAACUUUGAAAGUAGUGGUUUAACAUCACAGAAAAGAGGUGGCAGUGUCAGAACUGCUCGCACAUUACAGAAUAUUGAUGCGGUGAGAAUGAUGCAGUGAUCUUCGAGGACUUGCGUGUAAUGAAUUUGGCACCGCUUCAGUAUUCUGUGGUGUGCGAGCAGUUCUGACACUGUCACCUCUUUUCUGUGAUGUUAAACCACUACUUUCAAAGUUCCUAACCCAAGUCUUAAUAUCCAUGUUAGAAGGAACUGCAGCGCGUGGCGGCAAAUAGUAGGCUAAACAAAACGCUUGUUGUACACGCACAACAUUAUCACCAUUUUUGUGAUAAGCUUUCACGGUAAAUGCCCGUUGUUCACCCGACCACGUCUCCAUGUAACUAAACUUCUCACUCUCUAGAUUCACAACGUUUACGUCGCAAGCCCGAGGCUGCUCUAUUUUAUCGUCAGCAGCGUUGCCAAAUCGUACCGUUUCACUGAAUCACCUGUUAUUAAUAUAUUAGUAAAAAGUUUAGACUUGUUAUAUAAGUCUAUAUACGUAUAUUAUUAUAAUAAGCAGACUGUCUUAAUUACUCAGUACUGCGGAUGCGCUGAUAUUGUUGGAGGCUCUAGAAAGUUUUGUUAAUAAAGAAUGAUGAACGUU